CGCGUUCUAUAUGCGUCAUGAUUGAUUCGAAAGUCGAACAAGAUGGCGACAACGUUUGUUUUGACGUGAGACUUGUGUCGUUAUCCAACAUAACAACCUUUAUAAAGUGAUAUUUUAAGAAGUACAAUAGUAAGUGCCACUGUCAUUGGUUAAUUUAACAUUGUAUCAGUCUGACACUGACCAUAUAGUUUGCAGCAUCAUCAUGAAAUCUGACGCGGAGGAACUGAUGCCAAGGCUUCUGCCUGUGGAAACAUGCGGCAUUGAAACGGGGGAAGACGUCAAUCUUAACGAGCCUCCAAGAAAUCCCCAGGAAUAUCUGAGAUUAGAGGCGUCUCUCUGUCCAGAUGUUGUGGUGGCUAAGAUUGAUCCAAAGAAAUUGAGAAAGAAACAGACAGUGAAUGUGUCGCUCAUGGGUUGCCAAGCUGCUCCACAAGGAUUUUCACCGAGUUUAAAAUGGCAGCGACAGCAAGUCAGCAACUUCUCAGAAAUAAGACGGAGUAUCAGUAAGCACAGACUACACUGGAGUGGUCAAGCUUUAGAUGACAAUGUGUUAAUGCCAAAACAGGAUGCAGAGGAACAAUGGAAAAAGUUCUGCCUGGGUGAAAAUGUUUAUCUGAACUCUCCUCCAACUGACCAUGUUACUGAAGAUCCAGGCCUUGAUUAUGUGAAGGUUGGUUUUCCACCUUUCCUUAGCAUAGUGAGCAGGUUAAAUCAGGCCACAGUCUCUGCAGUUUUGGAGUACUUGAUAAACUGGUUUGAAGAGAGAGAGUUUGUCCCGCAGUUAGGAAGAUGGCAGUAUGCACUGCUGGCUUGCCUUGAGAAACCUCUCCUCCCUGAAGCACAUUCUCUAAUAAGACAGCUGGCCAGACGGAGUUCUGAAGUGCGGACCAAUCUGGAACACCAAGAAGAUGAAAGGUUGUCUCCUCUCAACUUGAUGAUCUGCCUUGUUGCUAGGUACUUUGAUCAAAACGACUUGGCCGAUAAGGAGGACUAAACGGGUUGAUGAAAUCCACGAUGAGGCUGGAACUCAUCACCCCAUGAGCUGUAGCUCUAUGAACCCAUCACCAUGCUCCGAUUUAGGAUCUGUGGCAAUUUGAAGCCUUUAGAUAAAGCAACUAUUGAGUCUUAUGGAGAACAUUUGACCCAAUAGAUUUGGCAUUUAGCAAACACUCUUAUCCAGAGUGACUUACAGAAGCAAUUAGGGUAAAGUACCUUACUUAAGGGCACAUCAGCAUAUUUUUAACUUUGUCUGCUCAGCAUUCAAACCAGCGACUUUUGGUUACUGGUCCAAUGCUCUUAACUGCUAGGCUACCUGGUGCAAUUAGACAGUUUAUUUUUUUCUAUUACAGUUUGUGUUCACUUUCUGCUAUUGCUGGAGUUAAAUAAAAUGUUUGCUUUCACAA